UCACAAGCUGUUCAGAGAACUUCUCGCGCACGCGCAAUGUAGCCAGACUGUCUUCACGUGAAAACUGAUACUGACACUUUCAGGAAACUGAACCUCAAUCAAUCGAAAAGGAAGUGCAUUUUACCUUGACUGACAGCUUCACUCUCCAAUGGCCGCUGCAGAUGUUCUGUGCUCAGCCUACCGGCGUUGAGUACAGCUAGGAAGAGGCGGGCCUUCCUAUUACACUGUUGUGUAUCCAGUAAAGAAAAAAAAAAAAAAGAUCGUGUUGCUGGGAUUCUACAUUUAAAAGCAAACAGUUUUUCGCUGUGUUAUUAUUUCAGUUGCUAAUUUCGUUAUCACAGGUUUAAAUCGCCUCCUUUCUGAAAAAACUUCUGCUAAAUGAACAACUGCAACCAUGUAUAGCUUUGGAGGAGAUUUCAAAACACGACCCAAGGUGUCUCUUGGGGGAGCGAGUAGAAAGGAGGAAAAGUCCUCACUUUUACAUCGUACACAGGAAGAAAGAAGGAAAAGAGAGGAUGAAAGACAAAGACUGAAGAAUGCAGUUAUUAUUCAAUCAUAUGUACGAGGCUACAAGGACAGAAAACAGCAAUAUGCCAUCCAAAGAAGCGAGUUUGAUUACUGUGUCUGCUUAGCACAAUCAGGCGGGGGAUUUUCCAUCAGUGAUGCAGCUAAUUUGAGUCUUUUAGUACGUCGGCUUCUAUUUUUUUACAGGCAGAGUGAAGAUUCAAAUAGACUGAUAUGGAUGUGUCAAAAUUUGGUGAAGUCCAAUGUCCAGUUUGUCAAGCAGCUAGUAGGCCCUGACAGACAAACAUGCUUGUUCCAGAUACAGAGGAUGUUGGGCUUAUGUUGCAGGGUUCUGCAGACUUGCACGGAUGACCAAUUAAGUGUUGCAGUUCCUAUGAGAAUGCUGGAAGUCUUUUCUGCAGAGAAAACAUAUUUGCCUGUUUUGCAAGAUGCAAAUUGUGUAGCAUCUUUAAUUGAACAAGUUUUGCACUAUGUGGUACAUAAAGGAUACUACAGGACACUUUACAUUUUAGUAAAUCACAAGCUUCCAUCUUGUUUGGAGUAUUGUGAUGCUCCUCACGUUCCCUAUGCCAGUGCUCUGCUGGAGCAUGUUCUCAAACCAUUGCACUUUACUUAUUCCUCGUGUUCACAGGGUGCCAGGCAAUAUGUUUUUGCAGGCUUCAUGGAGGAGUUUAUAUCUUCGCCGUUCACAGAUCAGAUAUUCCACUUUUUCAUUCCAGCACUGGCUGAUGCUCGUUGCUCUUUCCCUUUUGAACCGUUUCUGCAUGCAUUACUGGGGACAGUGAGCGCCUCUCUGCUGACUCAUGUCAAGGCGCCUUGGCUGUUAUAUUUUGUCCUAGCUGUUGGGGAAACACACUUAGGUAGCCUCUCAGAAGAAGGCUUGCUGCUGUACUUGAGAACACUACAAACCCUCCUACCCCAGUUACCCGUGUCUGUGACCAGCACCAGCAGACAGGAGGUCAUCAGUGACUCGGAUGAUGAUGAGGAGGAUGGUGGGAUGAAAACAAUGUCUUCCCAGGAGGAUCGCAAGAUAUCAGUCCAGUUCAUAACAGAGCAGUGCAUACACAAGCUGGACACAAAGCAGCAGACAAACGCACUCCUGAACCUGGUGUGGCGAGAUUGCGCCAGUGAGGACGUCUUCACUAUGAUGGCGUCAAUUUGUCACACACUGAUGGUGCAACAUCGUAUGAUGGUCCCCAAAGUGAGACUUCUGUACAGUUUGGCCUUCAAUGCAAGGUUUUUGAGGCAUCUUUGGCACUUAAUAACUUCAAUGACAACAAAAAUGAUAACUGGGUCCAUGGUUCCACUGUUACAGGUGAUCUCGCGGGGUUCACCAAUGUCGCCAGAAGACUCCAAUAGGCUCAUACCCCUCUUCUAUCUCUUCAGUUCUCUGUUCAGUCAUUCACUCAUUUCUAUUCACGACAGCGAAUUCUUCGGAAUUCCAACAGAAGGGCAGUGCCAGUCGUCAAUGAUGCCGUUCACAUUGUUGGAGCUGGUUUCGUUGUCACGCUGCCUUCGAGAUGCCUGCUUAGGAAUCAUCCAGCUGGCUUACCCAGAAACCAAGCCUGAGCACCGUGAGGAAUACAUUGCAGCGUUCAAGAGCGUGGGGGUGAAAACCAACACUGAAAUUCAGCAGCGCAUCCAGGCAGAGCAGAAGCAGUGGAUUCAGCUUUUCAAGGUUAUCACCAAUCUAGUAAAGAUGCUGAAAGCUCGAGAUAUAAGAAGGCAUUUCUGCCCGUCUGAGCACUGGCUGUCGCAGGAAGUUAACAUCAGAGCUGAUAAGGUCACACAGCUUUAUGUUCCAUCAGCUAGACAUGUGUGGAGGAUUCGCAGAAUGGGGAGAAUCGGACCUUUACAAUCAACAUUGGACGUUGGGAUGGAACCACCUCAGCUGUCCGUGUCAGAGGAGCGACAACUUGCCAUCUUAACAGAGCUACCAUUUGUGGUUCCUUUUGAAGAAAGAGUAAAGAUCUUCCAGAGGCUGAUCUAUGCUGAUAAACGGGACAUUCAAGGGGAUGGUCCAUUUUUGGAUGGAAUUAAUGUUACUAUUCGACGUAACUAUAUUUAUGAAGAUGCUUAUGAAAAGCUUUCACCAGAAAAUGAACCUGACCUUAAGAAGAGAAUCCGUGUCCACCUCCUGAAUGCCCACGGUCUUGAUGAAGCUGGCAUCGAUGGAGGUGGCAUAUUCAGAGAGUUCCUAAAUGAACUGCUUAAGUCUGGGUUUAAUCCAAACCAAGGGUUUUUUAAAACCACCAAUGAAGGGCUUCUGUACCCCAGUCCUACAGCACAGAUGUUGGUUGGGAAUUCUUUUGCCAGACACUACUACUUUCUCGGGAGAAUAUUAGGAAAGGCUCUUUAUGAAAACAUGCUUGUGGAGCUUCCGUUUGCCAGUUUCUUCCUGUCCAAGUUGCUGGGCACCAGCGCAGACGUUGAUAUUCACCACCUGGCUUCGUUGGAUCCAGAGAUGUACAGAAACCUGCUUUUCUUAAAGAGCUAUGAGGAGGACGUGGAGGAUCUGGGGCUCAACUUCACCGUGGUGAACAACGACCUGGGAGAGGCACAGGUGGUUGAGCUGAAGCUGGGAGGCAAGGAUAUCACAGUCACUACAGCAAACAGGAUAGCAUAUAUCCACCUGGUAGCAGACUACAGGCUGAACAAACAGAUCCGACCCCACUGCCUGGCGUUCAGACAGGGACUGGCCAAUGUGGUUAACCUGGAAUGGCUCCGAAUGUUCGAUCAGCAAGAACUGCAGAUACUGAUUUCUGGGGCACAUAUUCCCAUUAGUCUCGAUGACCUCAAGAAAUUUACAAACUAUUCAGGAGGUUACUCAGCAACUCAUCCUGUGAUUAAAAUCUUUUGGGAAGUUGUUGAAAGUUUUACAGAUGAAGAAAAGCGCAAACUGCUCAAGUUUGUCACAAGCUGCUCCAGACCUCCUUUACUUGGAUUUAAGGAGCUGUACCCUGCGUUUUGUAUACACAAUGGAGGAAGCGAUCUGGAGCGCUUGCCCAGCGCUAGCACCUGCAUGAACUUGCUGAAGCUUCCAGAGUUUUGUGACGAGCAUCUGAUGAGGAACAAGCUCCUUUACGCUAUCGAAUCUUCAUCCGGGUUUGAGCUGAGCUGAAAGGCUGUGGAACUGCAAUGCCCUAAAAUAUAUAUAUUGUGCCUAUUCUAAGAGCAGCACUCUAUUCAGAAAAGCAUUUUAGCAAACUCAAGUAAGGAAUAAUACAAUAUGAAUAUCAAAAGAAAAAUGCACUGAGAAAAUAUUGUUUUUAUCUUUUUUAAAUACCUUACUUGAGUUUAAUAAUUGAUUUACAAGAUAUAUAUAUAUAUAUAUAUAUAUAUAUAUAUAUAUAAUAUAUAUAUAUAUAUAUAUUAUACAAAAAUAAGAGCUGCUUUUAAAACAUAGCAAGUAAAACAGGUCUGUCUGAGCGGGCUGCUGUGUCAAGUGGAGCACAUUCUUGUAACCUGAAAGUGAACCAAAGAGUCAGCUUUGGCUUAGUGCUGUUUCAAGGCAGAAUUUGAAUGCAGACAGUAAGUAUAUAAUGAAGAAAGUUCAGAAGGAAGACUGGAGAGCUCGGAGGCCUGGACGGGUGGAGGCCUGUCACUUAUUCUUGUGGGAGAACCAUGAAGGCGCUGCAGUUGCUUUGUUUGGUUUUUAAUCAAGGAAUUCUAAGUUAAAACCAGGCUGUUGAAUUUAAUGAUUUGUUUUCCAUUGGAAGUCAUCAAGAAUCCCAGUUUUGUGAUUGUGUAUUAUUAUUAUUAUUAUUAUUAUUAUUAUUACAUUAACAGCAUAUUAAUACAAAUGCUUUGACCUGCCGUAGAGUGGAUUGUAUCUGGCAGCAUUAGAAAUGAUCGGAGGCAGCCCUUCAUCAUUUGCGUUGUGGUGAUGGGUCUGUGAAUAUGUGUGUGUGUGUGUGUGUUUCCACUGCUCUGUUACUGUCCGUUACACUGUAGCUGUGCAGACUCUUCCAUGUAUAUUGAGUUCCUGUGGGAUAUACUGUAGCUUCACCUUGUGUUUUCACAAUUAUUAAAAUGUACAAAGAG